AUGGAUUUUCUAUUAAGUGAUAGCGAAGAACUUGAUGAUGACAUGUUGAUUCUUUGCAGCGACUUAAAGAUACAAGUACCAACAAAAAAACAGAAGAUAUUACCGGUACUGACUGACUUAGAAAAUAUCGAUAUUAAUAACUUACCAAUAGAAAUAGUUUCCGAGCCUCCUUCUCCGCCUUUGCUGGGUCUAUUGAGCACUCAAAACAUUCAGGAUACCAUAACUCUUUCGUCUGAACAGGUUACCAUAGUACAUUUGCAGCCAAGAGAAGAAUUGCAGCCUUUGUCUUCGUCCGUUGAGGUUUCACCGCCAUUAGAAGCGACACAACCACCUGAAAAUGACAUUGAAGAGACAUUCUUACCUUCAGCUCCAUCUACCUGUUUAAAUGAAGAAGUACAGCCGCUUUCCACGACUGCCGGAAAUUCACCGUCGCUAUUGGAGCAGCUACCGUCUGACAGUGAGAUCGAAGAUAUAAAUUCUAAUAGAAAAAGGAAAUCGAAGGGAUUCGCACAACCUAAAAAAUGGAAUAAAAACACAACAAAACCGAAGCGUAUGCAAGGUGAAGAAUAUGUGGGGUACCGUAGGGACAGGAAAGUUUCAGGGCAAGAGAAAUUUAAUGUACUUCUUGAUGUGCCACGUCCAGCACGUUCAAUUGGUUCACGUUGCACUUCCACAUUUUGCUCGAAGUCUAAGUUACGUGGCUGUUUUAGCUUGUCUUGA